AAUUUGUUCGCAGGAACAAGCUUUUUGGGUACUAGGAAUCCAGAAGCCUUAGAUAUGGUUAAUACCCCGCCCUCCAGUUCCACAGUUUCAAGAACUGUCCUUCUCCUUUUGAGGGUCUUAAUCUUUGUCUUCCUUCUCAUUGCUCUCAUUCUCAUUGCCAUAGUCAAGCAAACUGAUGAUCAAACAGGUGCCGAAAUCAAGUUCAAUGAUAUCUAUGCUUAUCGAUAUAUGAUAUCUACAAUAAUAAUCGGGUUUGCGUAUAAUCUGCUGCAAAUGGCUUUCUCAAUGUUCACUGUGGUCUCAGGAAACCGUGUAUUAAGCGGUGAUGGUGGCUAUCUAUUUGAUUUCUUCGGUGACAAGAUCAUAUCAUACCUUUUGAUUUCCGGUUCAGCUGCUGGAUUUGGUGUGACCGUAGAGCUUGGUAGAGGUGUACCCUCAAACUCCUUUAUUGAGAAGGCAAAUGCUUCAGCCAGCCUUCUACUAAUUGGAUUUUUACUCACUGCCAUAGCAUCAACUUUCACUUCCUUUGCUUUGCCAAAGAAAGCUAAUUAACAAUUAAAUACCUUGAUGCAGAGAAAAUGAAGUGUUCAUGUGCUUAUAAAAACAAAAUGAUAUUCAUAUGGAUUAUAAAUUUAUAAUUUUGUCUUUCCCUUUUCUAGUUAAUCUAGUUUUGUUCAAUUCCGAUCCUUUGGUAUGGUCGAACAAUUGUGACUCAAUUGUCAAGGAUUAAUUUGUAUUUUGUACGUCUACCUCUGUGUCUGUAUUUUUCCUUCCUAUGAUACGAAGCGCAACUGUAUUGUUUUUACUUAAUAGAAUGGAAUUUUCUUGAUUCUCUC